AUGGCACCAAACGAUAACCAUUUCCCAUCUUCAAAGCCAUCAUCCCUCCCUGCCACCACCGCUCCUCCUCCUCCGAUCCCCAAUGGCUCAACAACAACAACAAACUCCAAACCCAUUCCUCUCCCGCCACGUCAGCAGCCCAUCCGUCAACAGCUCUACUCCGACAACCACCCCAACCAACAACGACAACGAAGACGGUGGCAGCGGCCAAGCAACCGCCGGAUCUGCUGCUGCUGCUGCUUCUGGUCGAUCCUAAUCCUCCUCAUCUCCAUCCUCCUCGCCUCCCUCCUCGCAAUCGCACUCUACCUCAUCUACCAGCCCCGCCCCCCCUCCUUCGCCGUCGCCUCCCUCCGAAUCCACCGCUUCAACCUCACCGCGUCCCCCGAUUCCUCCGCCGCGCACCUCUCCUCCCUCUUCAACCUAACUCUCAUCACCAAAAACCCCAACUCCAACUUCCUCUUCGCUUACGAUCCCUUCCUGCUCUCCGCCCUCACCGAUCCCGAUAAGAUCUUCCUCGGCAACGGCACGAUCCCUGCCUUCUCGAGCGGGGAGAAGAACCUGACCUCGUUCAGAGGAGUCCCCGUGGCGUCGUCGGAGUCUCGCGAGCUCGAUUUCGGGGACGGAUUGGGGUUGAAAUCGGAUUUGAAGCGGAGGAACGGGGUGUUGGAUCUGAGGAUAGUGAUGGACACGAAGGUGGAGAUAAGAACGGGGAAAUUGAGAAGCAAGAGGGUUGGGAUUAGGGUUUCGUGCGGUGGGAUUAGAGGGAGCUUGCCCAAAGGUAAAGCCGUUUCGAUGGCUUCUACUGAUAAGUCCAAGUGUAAGGUUGAUCUUAGGAUCAAGAUCUGGAAUUGGACUUUUUAA